AUGGUCCGGAGCCCAGAGUCGGGAGACAAGGUCAAGAAAGAAACUCAGAAACAGGAGCAGGAGAAGGAGGAACCCCAGGUGUUGGAGGCCCACAGGGAGACAGGCAUUUGGUCUCAGUACCAGUGGGGGGGAAACAACCCUCCUCCAUUUCCAAUGCCAUUUGCCAUGCCCAGUAUGAAUGGAUGGACAGGUUUCGGAAUCCCUUAUCCGAUGAUGGGUAAUCCAUUCAGGUCAGAGAAUUUUAACCAGGGUGAUACUUCAAACUAUCAAGGUCCUUAUCGCAGUUAUCAGAACAGGAACUCCAGAUGGAAUCAGAACCAAGCAAACCGAGAUAGACAGUGGAACGGUUACAACAGUAACAAGUACAAUAACAAUUAUAAUAAUAGAAAUAACAACAACGGUUAUAAUAGUAACAAUUAUAACAACUCCAACAAUGGGUAUAACAGCACUGGUUAUGGAAAUAACGAUGGCAGGGGACAGUUAGCGAUCGAACCACAAUCAAACACGGAAGGCAGCGGCCAGUCCAGGAUGUCCAGGAAUUCCAACAAUUCGGGACAGUCCAGGCAGUCGUAUAACUCAAACAAUUCUAAGAGGUCAUUUAAUUCAACUGGCACUGCCUCGGUCAGUGCCCAGUUACAUAACAUUCAGGAGGAUGACGGAAAUUUUCCACAGUCAGCCUCGAACAAUCCACAGGAUAUUUAG